AACUGGAAAGAAAAUGUCUCUCUAUGAUGACCUGGGAGUGGAAACCAGUGAUUCCAAGACAGAAGGCUGGUCGAAAAACUUCAAACUAUUACAGUCUCAACUGCAAGUGAAAAAAGCAGCGCUUACCCAAGCAAAGAGUCAGAGGACAAAGCAGAGCACAGUCCUUGCUCCGGUGAUUGAUCUGAAACGAGGCAGCGCUUCUGACGAGCGGCAGAUUGUGGACACUCCACCACACGUGGCGGCUGGCCUGAAGGAUCCCGUCCCCAGUGGCUUUUCGGCAGGUGAUGUAUUGAUCCCUCUGGCCGAUGAGUACGAUCCGAUGUUCCCCAACGACUACGAGAAAGUGGUCAAACGCCAGCGGGAAGAACGGCAGAGACAGCGUGAGCUGGAGAGGCAGAAAGAGAUAGAGGAAAGGGAAAAGAGGCGCAAAGACAGACAUGAGGCAAGCGGAUUCUCGAGACGGCCGGAUCCAGAUUCUGAUGAAGACGAAGACUAUGAAAGGGAGAGAAGGAAACGAAGUAUGGGAGGAGCAGCUAUCGCGCCGCCUACGUCUUUGGUUGAGAAGGACAAGGAACCUGUGUCGAAUUUCCCAUAUGAAGAAGAGUCGCGGCCCCGCAGUUCGUCUUCGAAAGCAGCCAUUCCGCCUCCAAUGUACGAUGAGCCCGAGAGACCUCGGUCGCCGACGGGCCCCAGCAAUUCCUUCCUGGCUAACAUGGGAGGCACAGUGGCGCACAAGAUAAUGCAGAAGUACGGCUUCCGAGAGGGCCAGGGACUUGGGAAACAUGAGCAGGGCUUGAGCACGGCGCUGUCGGUCGAGAAAACCAGCAAGAGGGGCGGCAAAAUCAUUAUUGGUGAUGCUGCUGAUAAAGCAGACUCUUCCAAGAAAUCGGACUCGAACCCCUUAACAGAGAUACUGAAGUGCCCUACCAAAGUGGUUUUGUUACGGAACAUGGUCGGGGCUGGGGAGGUCGACGAGGACCUUGAAGGCGAAACCAAGGAGGAAUGUGAAAAGUACGGCAAAGUCGGGAAGUGCGUCAUCUUUGAGAUUCCAGGUGCUCCGGAUGAUGAAGCAGUUAGAAUAUUUUUGGAGUUUGAAAGGGUGGAAUCAGCAAUUAAAGCCGUGGUGGACCUCAACGGAAGGUACUUCGGUGGCCGAGUGGUGAAGGCCUGCUUCUACAACCUGGACAAAUUCAGAGUGUUGGAUCUCGCUGAGCAAGUCUGAUUGCCC